AAAACAACACACAGUAGAUUCGUUUCCGAGGUUUAUUAGAUAUAAAACUUCGCAAAAUAUAGUUAAAAUUACAAAGACAUGGCGCUUCGUAUGGCGGCUCGGCGCUUGCUACUGGAUACUAUAAGCAGUCGAUCGUACAGCAGAACAACAGGAUGCUUGAAUCGAAUGUAUGAGCCGGAUUAUUUAGAGUUGCUGAAGCCUAAGUAUCCACUUCACGACACGCUCAACUUUACUAUUAAAGGCUAUGAUUAUCCACUGCUUGAGAGCUAUCAAAAGUUCAUUCACAACGUAGCUGAUUCUAUGGAUUUAGAAAUUGUGGAUGCUUACGCGCAUCCACCGCAGAAACUGACUGUACAAAAGUUCAAACCGAAUUCCAGUGUUAUGGAUAGUGAGUACAAGCUAACCGUGUAUGAACGCACGGUGCAGGUAGAUAAGGUACAAGCUCCACUGUAUCCGCUGCUGCUUCGAACACUUCAGGCGGCUCUGCCUGAAGGUGUUUCGUUGAAUGUAUCGGAACAUACGUGGGAUCAUGAAGAAGCGCGAUAUGUUCCUGAUCGGGAUUUGAAAGAACUUAAGCAACAGUUGGACGAUAUGGGUGGGGCGUCGAAAAAGAAAUAGAUGUAAUACAAUGCAGUUCAUUUGUAGUGACACAUUCUGUCUUCUUUGUUUAUUAAA